GCAAUAUCUUUCGAGCAAGACGAACGCGAGUGAUGGUUUUGGAAAUCGAAUUGUGUGGAAUGUACGAAAUUGUGCCCUGGACCUUCAUCAAAGGUGUGACACUUCAGUUGAAUGUUUAAGAUUUGUGUGGACCUGAGUGGAGUUUGUUACAACUGACUAGACGGAAAUGAGUUUAGACUCUCUCGAUUCGAAAUCGGGUAGUCCCUAUUCUCACGGAAAGCAUUGGCGUCGGAGAAAUAAACGAGGAGAAGAAGAAGACGACGGUUUCAAUCUGGAAAAUCGCUACUCUCGUCCAAUCAACAUUGUAAACUACAACCGCCAAGAAUCGGGAGAAAUGCACACCUCGCCUGGAUCUCCUUAUCAAAUAAGAAAACCGGUUGCCCUGUGGGUCGAACAGCAGCAGAGGCACAACACUGACGAAGAGUGGGAUAGCAGCCAGGAGUCAGAACUGAAUUUUGAGCAAAAACAUGAUCGUGGAGAGGACAACGCGUCCAAUAAAGCUCGACGGCGCAAUAUUGACCAGAGUGAGAGGAGAGUUGGUGAUGGUGCCAUCUACCAUCCUCAGGAGGAGCAGGUUCAGUUCCCGAUAGUAUAUCAGAGCACUCGAAACCUAAACCAAAUUCGACAGAGGAGAAAUUCGGAGCUCCACCGAACGCGCGGUUUCAAAUCAAAGUCGAAACGUGUAAUCAACAAAAAAGGCAACCUGAAUGUGCUGCUGGUUAACUUGCCCCAGAAAUCGCUGCGAUUUGUGAAGGAUCUCGUGACCACAUUGGUAGACGUCCAGUGGCGGUAUUUGUUGCUAGCGUUCGGACUCAGCUUUUUCGGCAGCUGGAUACUGUUCGCGACGCUGUGGUUCCUGAUUGCGUACGCCCACGGUGACCUGGACUUUGAUCCGGAAACGGGUGAACGGUUGGGCGACGGAGGCCAGCCGUGCGUGCUGAACGCCAAAAGCUUCGCCGGAUUUCUGCUGUUCAGCAUCGAAACUCAGGUGACGACCGGUUUCGGCGACAAGGUACCAACGGAAGAAUGUCCCGAGGCGAUUUUCCUGCUGAUUGUCCAGAUUAUCGUGGGUCUCGUCAUCGAGGGUGGCAUGGUGGGAAUCGUGUACGCGAAACUGAUCCGUCCACCGAAACCACACCCACGGGACAAACGGUUCAGCAGGGUGGCCGUCGUUUGCCAACGGGAUGGUAAACUGUGCUUCAUCUUUCGGGUGUGCGAUCUCAAGUUCCAUCACGCCAUCGGAACAAAAGUUACCGCCGUAAUGCUCGAGCAGCGCCGAUCGCUCGAGGGCGAACUCAUCGAAAAGUACGAAUCGUCCAUGAAGCUCGAAAACAAGGGACGAAUUCUGCUGUUCUGGCCGUUGACGGUGUGCCACGUGAUCGACUGCGACAGUCCGCUGUUUGACAUUUCGGCGAAAGAUUUGCUCGAAAAACGGUUCGAAAUCGUGGUGACAAUCAGCGGUGGGAACAAAACUACGGGCCAGGUUAGUGAAGCCAGCACGUCCUAUCUGCCGGGGGAGAUCUACUGGGGGCACCGGUUCCAGAACAUGAUUCACUACGACGGAGCCAAUGAACACUUUGUCGUGUCCGGCCAGCAUCUGGAUGCUACCGAGCCGGUUGAUACGCCGCUGUGUAGCGCCCGGCGGUUGGAGGAGGUCCUGGAAGAAGUGCAGCGCUUUAUGGAGAACGAUCGUGUGCGGGAGUUUGACGGAAUGGACGAUGAUGCCGCGAGUGACUCAGAUCAUGGUUUGCAAAUUAAAGAAUUGCGUAUCGCGUUGGAGAAGGAAUUUAAAAGCUCGAAUCAGUCUAUGGGAAAGGCGGUGUUGGAUGAAUCAUCCAAUGAUAUUAACGAAGAAAAGGAACUCGAAAAUUGUAAUAAAACUUGAUGUUUUACUGUCAAAUUUAAUAACCUAGGAGAUUAAAAUUGUGAAAUUUUCCGUUUUGA